AUGGGCUCAGCCAAGAGCGCCCCAGUCACUCCGGCGCAGUCUCCGCCGCACAACAAGCUUCUGGCCCGAGUGGCGGACCCCCGUUCACCUAGUGCUGGCAUCCUGCGCACUCCCAUCCAGGUGGAGAGCUCUCCGCAGCCAAACCUACCAGCAGGGGAGCAGCUGGAGGGUCCCAAUCAGUCCCAAGACUCAGAUCCCCGCUCUCCUACCCUUGGCAUUGCACGGAUACCUAUGAAGACCAGCAGCGGAGAACCCCCAAGCCCACUGGUGAAACAGCUGAGUGAAGUAUUUGAGACUGAAGCCCCCAAAUUGAAUCUGCCCCCAGAGCCUGUUCUGCCCUUAGAGGCAACUUCAUCUUCUGAAUUGGACUUGCCUCUGGGCACCCAGUUUUCCCUUGAGGACCAGAUGCCACCCUGGAGCCAGACUGAGCUCCCCUCCAAGCAGGUGUUCUCCAAGGAGGAAGCAGGACAAACCUCAGAAACCCCCAUGGCCAGCCAGGGCUCGGACAAGCCCUUGAGAGACCCUGAGACUCCCCGAUCUUCAGGUUCUAAGCACAAUAGACGGGAAGCAAAUGGCAAGGUACUAGGGAGAUCUCCCCUCACAAUCCUACAGAAUGACAACUCCCCCGGAACUCUGACACCAUGACAGGGUAAGCGGCCUUCUCCCCUGAGUGACAAUGCUAGGGAGCUAAAGGAAGGGGCCAUUCUGGGAACUGGACGACUUCUGAAAACUGGAGGCCGAGUGUGGGAGCAGGGCCAGGACCAGGACAAGGAAAAUCAGCACUUUCCAAACUUGGUGGAGAACUAG